CCCGCGCGAGGCGUCGCGCAUUAUAUUUUUUCCUUCUUCCUCCUUCAUUUGGUCGUCGGUGUUUGUGCAGUGAACAUUGUUGUACGUUGUGCGUAACACGUGCUUAUAAUUAUUUCUUUAUAAUUUAAAAGUAUCCCCUAAAACUAAUUUACACAAUGGCAGACGCAGCAGUUGAGAAAAAUGACGUCGCACCUGAGGAGGUAACCUCUACUGAGGCUAAAGACUCGCCAGUCAAGAAAUCUCCCGCCAAAAAGGUCGCAGAGGCACCUGAAAGCAAUGGCAAGGAGGAGAAUGGCAGCGAAGCCCCAGAGGACGCGCCUGCUGAGAACGGUGACGCCGAAGAGAGCAACGACGCCACUGAGAAUGGCGAUGCUACAGAAAAGAAAGAAGCUGGAGUGAAGAGGAAAUCAAUCUCCACGGAUAAUGGUGAUGUGGAAAAGACCACACCUGAGAAGAAGGCGAAAGUAGCAGAAGAGGCGCCCCCUGCAGAAGCUGAGGAGGCGGCUGCUUAAGAAUUCUAACCAAACUACCUCGCUUGGUUUACUGCAAUGCAACAAUGUUCAUUAGGGCUCAACUCAACCCUAAUACAUAUCUACAUAUACAAUACCAAACUAUUUAACUACUUGGACUUCCUAACAUGCCAAAAUUUACAGACAAUAGAUGAUAUAAUAUAAUAGACUGCCCAAACACACAUACAGGUAUUAUGUUGUGUGUAGUUACCUACAAACUUUUAGUUCCCCAGACACUUAGGGAGUCUUAGUAGUUCCUACCCACACUUAUUUGUUUAACAAUAACUUGUACAAUAAGGAGUUGAGCUCUUUUGUGACCGCACUUAUGUUUAGGUUUAUAAUACUUUAUGUAUUAAAUCUUACCUGUGAAGUACCUGUAAAUUGUAAAUUUAAUGUUACUGUCAGUGGCGACUGGAGUGUGCAUCGCAGUGAACUGAACAUCAUUGCACGAGUCGGUUUAGGUGUUGUAUGCUGUUUUUGAGUAUUGGUGUCUAUCUCAACGGACUAGUAGCGGUGGAUUAUUGAAUUGAUGAAAGUAAAAUGUAUCAGUUUACAUAUUACGCCAGUAAUGUACUGCCAAAGUAAUUCACAAAGUGUGAAAUCAAUUCACAAUCCGUUCUGUGAACGACGCGUUUUAUAAAACAGCUUCCGAAAAACAAGGAUUUUAGAUAAAAAUAAGAUUAAUUAAAGUUAGAUAAUUAAUUCAGUUGUAAAUUUAAGUUAGCAGGUAAAUAACGCACAUUUUUUGUAUUUCAUAGGCAUUAUUACUUAACCAUUUGAACAUUCCUUUGACAUUUUGGUUACGGUUUGCACUGUGAACGAAGUACAUAACUUCUUCGCGAGUCGGACGGAGUUUUGGUUUUUAUUAUGCAUAUAUGACUUGUACCAGUGUUUAUUUUACGCUUAAAAUUCCAACCGGUGCGCUGGGAAGACCAGUUAUUAAAACAAUUGUUCACAUUGUAACACUAAUUUUAAGAAUUUGGAAUUUAAUUAAAGUUCAAAGUUGACAAAUAAGGUGAUAGUUCAUAUUGACUUAACUUUUGUGUGCUAAUUUUUUUGUUUGUAAUUUCUAUGGACAACUUUAUUUUUCUUAUAUCCUGUUUUUCUAAUUUAUUUUCUUAUAAUUUGUGAUAGUAACAGACCUCGAAUGUAAGAUAACCCUUGUGGAAACGAAUCUUCAUACUGUCGAGUAAGUAACAUUGUGUUCUUGCUGAUAUAAUAUUGUAUUAAAGUUGUGACUAACUCUUUCAGAUU